GCAGCCAAUCGGCGGCCGGCGCCCUGCUUUGCGGGUGCUGCGGCGGCCGGGCCGGGUGUGUGGAGCGAGGGGCGGCGGUGCCCGGCGAGCCCUGCCCCGUUCCGUCCUGCCUGCUUCGGACCCGCAGCCUCGGGAUGGAGUCCGCGCUGACAGCGAGCCAGAUCCGGCAGCGAUUCAUUGACUUCUUCAAGGAGAACCGGCACACCUACGUGCACUCCUCUUCCACCAUCCCUCUGGAUGACCCCACGCUGCUGUUCGCUAAUGCCGGCAUGAACCAGUUCAAACCCAUCUUCCUCAACACCAUCGACCCCUCGCACCCGCUCGCUAAGCUGAGCAGAGCCACCAACACUCAGAAGUGCAUCCGAGCUGGGGGCAAGCACAACGACCUGGACGAUGUGGGGAAGGAUGUCUACCACCACACUUUCUUCGAGAUGUUGGGCUCCUGGUCCUUUGGGGAUUAUUUCAAGGAACUCGCAUGUAAACUGGCACUGGACCUUCUCACCAAGGAGUUUGGCAUCCCUGCAGAGAGACUCUACGUCACUUACUUUGGUGGAAAUGAGGCUGCAGGACUGCAGCCAGACCUGGAGUGCAAGCAGAUCUGGCUGGAUUUGGGGCUGGCUGAGAGCAGGAUUCUGCCUGGCAAUAUGAAGGAUAACUUCUGGGAGAUGGGUGACACAGGCCCCUGUGGCCCUUGCAGCGAGAUUCACUAUGACCGGAUUGGGGACAGAGAUGCUUCACACCUGGUCAACCAGGAUGACCCCAACGUCCUGGAGAUCUGGAAUUUGGUGUUCAUACAGUUCAACAGGGAAGCCGAUGGGAGCCUGAAACCUCUUCCCAAGAAAAGUAUUGACACUGGGAUGGGUUUGGAACGACUGGUUUCCGUGCUGCAGAACAAGAUGUCCAACUAUGACACCGACCUUUUCCUUCCUUACUUUGAAGCCAUCCAGAAGGGCACGGGUGCCAGGCCAUACAUGGGGCAGGUUGGUGCUGAGGAUGCUGAUGGCAUCGACAUGGCAUACCGUGUGCUGGCAGACCACGCACGGACCAUCACACUGGCCCUCUCUGAUGGUGGCAGACCUGACAACACUGGCAGAGGCUAUGUGCUGAGGCGGAUCCUGCGCCGAGCCGUGCGUUACUCCCACGAGAAGCUCAGUGCCCCCAAGGGCUUCUUUGCCACGCUGGUGGACGUCGUGGUGCAGUCCCUGGGAGAUGCCUUUCCUGAGCUGAAAAAGGACCCGGAUAUGGUGAAGGACAUUAUCAAUGAAGAAGAGGAUCAGUUCCUGAAAACGCUCAGCAGAGGACGUCGCAUCCUGGACAGGAAGAUCCAGAGCAUGGGAGACAGUAAAACCAUCCCUGGUGAUACUGCCUGGCUGCUGUAUGACACUUACGGUUUCCCUGUGGAUCUCACUGGGCUGAUAGCAGAGGAGAAGGGCCUUGUUGUGGACAUGGAGGGCUUUGAGGAGGAGCGGAAGAACGCGCAGCUCAAGUCCCAGGGCAAAGGUGCUGGAGGGGAGGACCUCCUCAUGCUGGACAUCUAUGCCAUCGAAGAACUCAGGGCCCGAGGGCUGGAGGUGACAGAUGACUCGCCAAAAUAUGGUUAUACCUCAGAUCCAAGCGGCACCUACGAUUUUGGGAGCCUUGUGGCCACAGUGAAAGCCAUCCGCAGGGAGAAGAAGUUUGUGGAGGAGGUGUCCACUGGCCAGGAAUGUGGGAUAGUGCUUGACCGGACCUGCUUCUAUGCUGAGCAGGGUGGGCAGAUCUAUGACCAGGGCUACAUGGUCAAGGACGACGACAGCAGGGAGGAUAAAACUGAAUUCACUGUGAAGAAUGUGCAGGUCCGAGGAGGUUAUGUGCUUCACAUAGGGACUCUGUAUGGAAGCUUGAAAGUGGGAGACCAGGUCCACCUGUCAAUCGAUGAGACCAGGCGGAGACCGGUCAUGAGCAACCACACAGCCACCCACAUCCUCAACUUCGCCCUGCGCUCAGUGCUGGGAGAAGCAGACCAGAGAGGGUCGCUGGUGGCACCAGACAGGCUGAGGUUUGACUUCACAGCCAAGGGAGCCUUGUCCACACAGGAGAUCAAGAAAGUUGAAGGCAUCGCCAACCAGAUGAUCGAGGAGGCAAAGACUGUGUAUGCCAGGGACUGCCCUCUCGCAGCAGCCAAAGCGAUCCAAGGGCUGCGGGCAGUUUUUGAUGAGACCUACCCCGAUCCUGUCCGUGUGGUCUCUAUUGGCAUCCCUGUGGAGGAGCUGCUGGCCGACCCCUCCGGCCCUGCAGGCUCCAUCACUUCCAUCGAGUUCUGCGGAGGGACGCACCUGCAGAACUCUGGCCAUGCUGGGCCCUUUGUGAUUGUUUCAGAAGAAGCCAUUGCUAAAGGCAUCCGGAGGAUAGUGGCAGUCACUGGGGCUGAAGCUCGGAAGGCCCUCAGGAAGGUAGAGAGCCUCAAGAAAUUGCUGUCAGCCCUGGAUGCCAAGGUGAAGGUCCAGACAGCUCCCAACAAGGAUGUGCAGAAGGAGAUCACAGACCUCAGUGAGAUGCUGGCCACUGCUGUUAUCCCACAGUGGCAGAAAGAUGAGCUGAGAGAAGCUGUUAAAGCACUGAAGAAGGUUAUGGAUGACCUGGACCGUGCAAGCAAAGCUGACAUCCAGAAACGAGUACUGGAAAAGACAAAGCAAGUCAUUGAGAGUCACCCUAACCAGCCACUAGUCAUCAUGGAAAUGGAAAAUGGGGCCUCAGCAAAGGCCCUGAACGAAUCGCUGAAGCUCUUCAAGACUCACUCCCCCCAGACUGCCACCAUGCUCUUUGCAGUGGAUAACGAAGCGGGCAGGAUCACUUGCCUGUGCCAGGUGCCCCAGGAGACAGCGCAGAAGGGCCUGAAGGCCAACCAGUGGGUGCAGGAGGUCUCUGCCCUGAUGGAUGGCAAAGGUGGAGGGAAGGACAUCUCAGCACAAGCCACAGGAAAGAACGUGGGCUGCCUACAGGAGGCUCUCCGCCUGGCCACGGACUUUGCCAGGCUGCACCUGGGGGAGCUGAAAAACUGACUGGAACCCCACAUCCCCUCUCCUUCCCCCUGCUUUGCUGUAUGAGCCCCGCCUCCAAUAAAUCAUAGAAUCAA